AAGGCCCACAGUCCUCCACUUCCUGGGGUGUCAGCCGCAGAACAGAGCCAGCAGAGACGCCCUCCCUUUCUCCUCAUCCUCCCAGGCAUCGCUGCCUCUGCCUCUGGGCACCAUCUCAGGAGAGCAGAAGAUGAAGCGGAAAGCGGCUGUUCUCACCUGCAUCCUUCUCGCGCCGUUCCCAGGAACAGAGGCACAGAGCUUUGGUCUGCUGGAUCCCAAACUCUGCUACCUGCUAGAUGGCAUUCUCUUCAUCUACGGAGUCAUCGUCACGGCCCUGUACCUGAGAGCAAAAUUCAGCAGGGGUGGAGAUUCUGCUGCCUACCCGCAGGACCCCAACCAGCUCUACAAUGAGCUCAAUCUAGGGCGAAGAGAGGAAUAUGACGUCUUGGACAAGAAGCGGGCUCGGGAUCCUGAGAUGGGCGGCAAACAGCAGAGGAGGAGGAACCCCCAGGAAGGCGUGUACAACGCACUGCAGAAAGACAAGAUGGCAGAGGCCUACAGUGAGAUCGGCAUGAAAGGCGAGAGGCGGAGAGGCAAGGGGCACGACGGCCUGUACCAGGGUCUCAGCACUGCCACCAAGGACACCUAUGAUGCCCUGCAUAUGCAGACCCUGCCCCCUCGCUAACAGCCAGGGGACGGCUCAGUCACAGGCCUCACUCACCUGCUGAUGUUACUACUUGUGAGGGACAGAGGACAAAGCAUUUACACCUCAGUUUAUUGAUUUCACAGCCACCGUCUCAUGAAGAGGAUGCUUCUCACUCCCCACAUCUGUCUUCUCCAGUUCCAAAGCACUGAACACAGACUGCCAUCCGUGGACUUUCUAACGGGGGCGCUCCACUCACUCUCAGACCCCAGCCCUGCUCCUGGAAACCCUGGCAGGCCCCUUUCCCUGCAGAGCCCAGCCCUAGCUAGGAGCUUGAGGGGGAGGGGCGCAAACAUACUCCCUCCUCAGCUGAGUUCAGUUUGCUUUGUAAAGUCCCCAGAGAAGCCCUGAGUACUGUGUGUAUUGUUCCAUUAGUAUUGCUUCGCUCAGGCUGUAAAUUUGGCUUCUGUUGUCAAACUUACCAGUGUCAAGGUAACAUGUAAUUAGGCCACAUUGUGAAAGAAGGCAGAGAGGAGGUACAAGGGAGUCCAGGCAAGGGUCACCUAGGGGUGGCUCAAAGGGAAGCGACAUGCAAGGAGGGUUCCUAGCACAAGAGUCCCUUCCACACUUCCCAACCAUUGUGCCAGGCACUCCAGGAGUGGUAAAAUGUCUUACAUCCAUGGAGAUUGUGCUUUUAGAGUGCAAAUAAUUUGUGUACAAACUAGCACAGAACUUAGGAUGGGUCAUUACUGCCAAUGACAAGGGGGCGAGAGAAAAGGGAGCAAGUCCUGCCUUCUCCCAGGAACUCAGUUCAUCAUCAAGUGGCAGGAAGACCCAGACCACCCAGGUCUGCAGUGCUCCCACUGUAAUGGCAUAAUGACAGUCAGUGGACAGCAAUGUCAUUGUGUAAUUAAAGUGCCUGUGACCAUGGGGAACCCUGUGAUCCCCCGGGUUUUAAUUUAUACUGCCUUGCUGUUUUGCAUAAUAAAUGCUUUGCUAAAAGUGGCGUUUGAAGCCUUAUUUCAGUGAAGGCUGGGGUAGCACAGCUGGCAGGAGAGCAGAAAGGGAUAAAUUAGAUUCAGUUAGGAAUGGGCGGGCGGGUACCAGUACAUGAAGCCACCCUGAAGGCUCCCGUUAAAGCACGAGGAAAUGCCUGUGUAGGAUGUGGCACGAGGCUGGUGGUUGUGCCAUCACACAGGGAAAUGUCCAGUCAAAGAAUAGGGACCUGGCCCAGCUUUAUGACGGAACAGGAAGAGGAUGGUGGGAAGGCGUCCCGAGGCGAACCUGACUCAGCGUGCAGGAGAACGUGGCAGUGGCAGUAAUACUGAGCAGAGGGAAUCCAGGAGCGCCAGCAGCUGCUGUGACCCUCACAUAGGGGUGGGGAGUAGACAGUAGUAUUUUUAGGUCAGCUUCUCUAACCAAAGGUGACCUUUCCCUUAGUCGUGCCUUCUCUAAAUCUCUAAGUAGAGCGUCUCUACUUAAGAGUUCCCAGUUCAUCAAGCCCAAUUAGUGAUGGACAGAAGGAUGAAAUUUGUACAUUGGCUUUUUAAAAACAGAAACCCAAGGCUAUUAUUAAAAGGCCCUGAAAAAUGACACAUUACUACCAGCAUAUAUAGAAAGGCCCUUUAUGUGUCACCCAGUCUUGGAGGAGCUGUUCACUCACUUUUAAGCCUGGAGCUGGGGGUCUUUAGACAGAGUGCACCUAAUAUCCAGGCCUGUUCUAGUCCUCAUUUCAAGAUCAGCUAAGUAGACUGGCUGGAAAAUAAAAAUCUGACCCAGUUCAGUUAUGAACAUGUCUCUCAGGCAAAGGAGCUAGCUACAAGAGAGAACUGAGCAGAUGUGCUCACAGAAUCACAUCUGGGGAAGCAGAGCUCCUGGGGACUGGUGCUUGAGAAUCAAGGUGACAUCUGAUGUUUCUGGACUCUCGACUCCUGUCCUGCUUGAGGCCUGGCAGUGACCUCUCCAUAACACGAUCAGUCUUUCAUUUUAGAUACUACUAGCUCUAAGAUACGGAGUGCUAUCACCUGCUUCAGAGGCUUUCACACAGUAAACAUAAACGGUUCCAUUUCAUGGUUACAAAUGUAAAGACAUGUUUUUUUAAAAAGGGCUGGAGAGAUGGCUCCGUGGCUGAGUGCUGCUCUUGUGGAAGACCCAGGUCUCUGGAAUGAAAGGCAGCUCUUCCCAGAGAGCCAAGGAGGAGGCUCAUCAGCAAUCCCUGGGAGCUCUGCUUCCUAUGGGGCCCAAGAAGCAGACACACACACACACACACACACACACACACACACACACACACACACACACACACACACAGUGAGCCGGUAGCUCUGAGGAGUUCCCUGCAGCAGUCAAGGGCCUUUGUGUUUGAUUGUACAAAGCAGUCAGCUCUGAAGGAGACAACUGCUACUCAACUCAGGGUUCCACUAAACCCAGCUGAGGGUCUAGGGAAGGGACACACAGCGGCCACAGCUCACGGAGGCAGGAGAGGUAGAAGACUAAGGUGCUCAGACCCCGAGGUCAUAGGAAGAGCCAUGCGGAGAAAUGUUUUGGAGGGUCCGUGUAAAUAUCCGUGCAAAUGUUUGUGUAAAGCACCAGAACACCAAGGCAGUAACCCCACAGAGACACAGACAAUGUGAAAACACUUGGAAAAUGGUUUAAUGUUUUACAACAGAAAUUGGAACUGUACAGUUACAGUAAGUUUAAUAUAUAUAAAAAAUUACAGCAGACAAAUGCAUCUACAUAAAACCCACCAUUUCAUUCUGAUUCACUGGCACCCACACAAUCUCUCCCCAAGCCCUAGCCCCUCUGGCAGCCCCCCCCCCCCGGGGGGGGGA